ACGUGCGCGUGUAAUUCCGGCUAUUCUGGCGAUUCAUGUGAAACAGAGCGUAUCUACAUUGACUACGGCUCUUACCCCGACCGGUCACUGAGUUACUAUCAAUACAGCUUUCUUGCUUGGUACACUAUAAGACUUGAUACGGGGUUUCCUAUCAGCUCUGGCCGGCUAUACACCUACAUCACUUUCACAUCGACAGGAAUGAUCCAUUUUUCGACCUACUCUCCACGCAGUUAUACCCUCUUCAAAUACAUCAACCCGUCUACGUAUAGUUUCUUUGAUCAGCUCUAUGCAGACCCAUCCAUUGCGGUAUUUGGUGCCCCAGCUGACCUCUACCGGGGUAACCCUAAGAUCUACUACCAGUAUGGAAACUCUCCUGCAGUGCUUGCAGCAGUGAAAGAAAGACUGUAUGGAGCUUUGUCACUUCCGGCAGGAUUGGAGUCCUCCCAGUUCAUCAAUGGUAUCAACUUUAUUCUUAAGGUCACGUGGGUUGAUGUGCAGAAUCCAGGAUCAAUCGCAGGACAGGAGACCAAUACCUACCAAGCAAUUCUCUUUACUGACGGCAGAAGAAGCGGUGUCUUGACGAUGUAUGAACAAGGAAGCUUUCAGUGGAAUCCGUACUCUAAGGUUAUACCUGCUAGGAUUGGUUACAACAUCAAACAUGACAGACUGAAUAUCUACCAGGGAAACUAUCCUGCCAUACGGUACACAAGCUAUCGCCCUGAUCUCAGGAUUGGCAACACCGGUCUCAUGGGGAGAGACAUCUAUCGUCUUGACGCAAAUCCUGACUGGUACGUCAACCCCCGCCGUUACUGUCAAGAUUGGUACCUGGAUGAUCUCUCAAAGAUAUCAUAUGCACGGUGGGCACAGCCAUGUCCUUGCACCCGCUGGCAGGCCAGGAUCGAUCGAAGGUUUACUCGAUGCAACUAUCCCUCCUACGGAUAUGGUUACGGAUAUGGUUACGGAUACGGGUUUAGUUAUGGCUACAGCUAUGGGCUGCAGAGUUAUAAUUACGAUGGAAGAGGAACGACCUGUUACCAGCCUAGAUGGCCCUCAUUUGGUGGUGGUGGAUACCGUUGUACUUACGAUCAGUCUGCUUUGAGCAGGGGUUAUAGGGCCAGUCACUAUCAAGCAGUCGUGCCCUCAAAUGCUCGAUUCUUCUCUUAUUACUAUUAUUCCCUGUAUUACUAUUAUUCUUGGAUUGAGAGGGAUGUCCUACCCCGUUUCUUCUGCUGUGAUCUGGCUGGAGGGAAUUUCUGUAACCUUUACGAAAGUCGCCGACCAAGAUCUCAUUGCUCGGGAUAUAGACGACCAUGGUUCGGAUGGUUUUGGGGCGACCCGCACAUCAAUACCCUUGACGGUAGGAAGUACACCUUCAAUGGUCUUGGGGAAUACACCACGAUGUCUUACAGUCAUGGUGACCCGUUCAUGCUGCAAGCCAGAACCGGUAAGGCGUUUAACAACAGCGUGCCUGUGGAACAUGGGACAGUCUUCACAGGGUUCGCUGCAACACAAGACAUCACUAGGGUCGAAUUCCAGCUGAAUGAUAACAGGACAGAAAUUAGUAUUCUAAUUAAUGGUACCGCCAUCAAUAUGACGGAAUUCCUAGUGGAUGGUAUCGACUCAUCGGAUCCGACCUUCAUCCUAUCAGCGGAGAAUGACACAGCCUCUGAAGGUGAGAUCAAGGUCACAGCCCUCUUCCAACCAGAAGGCUAUCCCAGUUCGUCCUUCACCGUGACUUUCAAGAACGGCCUCUUGGAAUUGGGUGUCAUGGUCCCUUCUGAGUAUGCGCAGAAUGGAACCGGGAGAGGUCUGCUCGGUAAUGUAAAUGGGAACAAAUCAGAUGAUUUUCUGCUCAGGAAUGGAACAUUAUUAAUGGAUCUGUCUGAAAGAAAUUUAACAGACAGAGAAAUAUUUCAGUUUGGACAGUCAUGGAUGAUUAGUGAAAAUGAAUCGCUGUUUGAAUACGACGAUGGGAAUUGGAGUUACUACAAUCCUAGCGACUACAAACCAAUGUUCUUAGACGAGCUGCUCGCUCUCGACCCUGACCGAACCCAGGCGGCCCGAGAGGCUUGCGGGGAGGACGAGGCGUGUCUGUUCGACUACCUCGCUGUGAGUCCAGAGAUGGGUAAACAGACUAUGACCACAGGAAACCAACUCGACAAUGACCUCCAAAACCUUGAUAAUUUUCCUCCGAACGUAACCAACGUGGUAGAGACUAGCGAGACAGAUGCUUUACAAGAAGGGGAGGUUCUCUUCAUGCAAGUGGGCGUGACCGUUACCUUGGAGAUUUCUGCACAUGACCCUAACGAAGAUGAUGAGGUUUUCUUUAUUUUCAACGAUACAGCACCAGAUGGCGCCAAUAUCAGCUCAGAUGGUAUCUUGACCUGGACACCACCUGACCUGAAUGUAUCAUCCAUCGAAAUCAUUGUGAUGGACAACCGAGGAGCAGAGACAUCACUGGCAUACAAGGUCUCGAUCUGCCGAUGUGAGAACGAAGGCGUGUGUGACUUUGACAACCAAGCUGAGGGGCAGGAUCUAAAUGCCAACGGAUUUGCGGUGGUUAUGUGCAACUGUUCUGGUGGUUGGUCGGGUGAUCAUUGUGAUGUAGACUAUGAUUCAUGUGAGGGUACGCCCUGCUACGAUGGGGUUAUCUGCUUCGAUGAGCCUCCGUCUUCAGACGAAGAGUACACAUGCGGCCCUUGUCCAUCCGAGCUCUCAGGCGAUGGUACCACUUGCUUUGAUUUCAAUGAAUGUGCUGAUAACGAUACGAAUGACUGUGAACAGAAUUGUGAAAACAAUCUAGGUUCUUACACGUGUUCGUGUAACACCGGUUAUAUGCUUGCCAUCGAUCAACGUUCCUGUGACGAGAUAAGUGAAUGUGAUGAGGCCCUGAUGGAUUCCACUGCAUCUGUCAAUUGCACAUGCGAGCCUGGUUUUCAACUUGAAAAUGGAACCUGUUCAGAUUUUGAUGAAUGUGCAUCUGAUGUGGACCUAUGCCCGCGUGAUAUAUCUACCUGUUUCAACCUGCCUGGAGACUACAACUGCACCUGUCAUUCAGGAUACGACAAUUCAUCCCCUAAAGAGUGUCAAGAUAUCGAUGAUUGUGAAUCGAGCACGGAUGUCUGCGAGUCCAGCCUAGAUCGUGUUUGCAGGAACACACCCGGUAACUUCUCGUGCGUGUGUGCAGUGAGAACACAACAGAAAUCAAUGGAACCUGCCAAAGUAUGA